AUGGAUACUAACAAACGCUUGAUUGCGUCACUUAUAUGCCUGGUUGUCAUGGUUACAGGCUUGGUCACGUGCUGCCAGAUAGAAGAAGAAGAAGAGAGAGAUGACGAGGAGAAGAAAAAGCGGAAGAUCGUUCAGUUUAGGAGUGAGCAGCCACCAUCACAACAGCAGCCACAACUACAGCAGCAACCACCACAGCAGCAACAGCCACAGCAGCAACCACAACUACCACAACAGCAACCACAACCACCACAGCAGCAGCAGCAACCAUCACGGCAGCAGCAACAGCCACAGCAGCAACUACUACAGCAACCACAGCAGCAACCACAAUUACCACAGCAGCAACCACAACUACCACAGCAGCAACCACAACUACCACAGCAGCAACCACAACUACCACAACAGCAACCACAACUACCACAACAGCAACAACAACCACAACCACAGCAACAACCUUUAAUGUUGACUCAACAAAAAUCAACAAAGCUAACUUUUGGAAGUUUAACAAAACCAAUGUUGGCCACAGCAAAAUCUUCCACGGUCAACAUCAUCACAAACACAAAACAGUCUAUCGAAUCUGCUACUACUACUACUACUGUUACUGCUGCUAUUGCUACUGCAGCCGCUACUUUUACUACUACUACUGUAGCUUUCACUACUACUUCUGCUGCUGCUGCUACUACUACUACUUCUGUGAUUGUCAGUGAUAUAAAUUCUACUAAAGAAACAUCAUCUAGUACUACAAGUGAUGCAAUUAUUGCUACUACAAAAACUGAUACUAAACUGUUUGAAAUUACGACAACAACAUCAACUGCUGCUACUGCAACUGCUGCUAUUGCAAUUGCUGCUACUAUUCUUACCACGGUUUCUACUACUUCAACAAAUGUUGGUUUGAAACAAGGCCAACAACAGCAACAGCAAUCACAACAAUUACAACAACAACAUGAAAUAUUUCAACAUCAGCAACAACAUUACAAUUUGCCAGACUUAAUAUAUGAAAGCCAGAAAAUGAUAUCACAGCCAUCUAUAAUACCAACAACGACUGCUGCUACUGCAGCUGCUACAGCUGCUACAGCUGCUGCUACUACUACUGAUGAUAUUACUAUUAAUAAAAAUGGUGAUGACGCCAAUAAUGUUGAAGAUAAAAAAGAUGAUUUAACCGACACUGUAACGAAAUUUGAUACGGAAAAAAUUGCCAUAGAUGAAGUUUCUUUUACUGAAGAUGCGUAUACUGCUACUACUGCUUCUACUGCUACUGCUGCUACUACUACUGCUGCUGCUACUUCAGUUACUACUACUACUUCUGAAAUUGUUACUACAGCCGCAAUUGUGGUUGCUGAUGACGACACUGACGAUGAUAUAGAUGAUUUUGUGGACGAUGAUGACGACGACGACGAUGAAGAUGAUGAUACACUGGAAGAAGAUGAUUAUAGCUUAAGUUCAGCUGUUAAAAUUGAUGUAAAUACAAUUCAACAACAACCACAACAGCAACAGCAGCAACAACAACAGCAACAAAGUUUGUCUCAGCUACAACAACGACAACAACAGUUUAUGCAACAGCAUCUAAUGCACCAACAACAACAAUUGAAGGAACCAUUACAACUACAACAACAGCAACAGCAAAAAGACCCAACAACAAAUUUAAAACUGGAUAUGAAACCAGCAGUAGAAAAUGAAAAACAACAACUCUCGCCAUCUCCGCAAAAACAACAACAACAACAACAACAACAACAACAAAGAUUAUCAAAAUCACCGCAGCCUUACCAAUAUUAUCUGCAACAACAGCAGCAACAACAACAGCAGCAGCAACAACAACAACCCCAGCCACAACAAAUUGGCUCCAAAAUUAACCGCGUCAUGACAGCUCUUGAAAAACACGACGCCAUUGCUAGCGAACUAAAAAACAAAAAGAAGGCUCUCCAUUUGAGAGGCGCUAGCAUGGAAAGCGGAAGUCACGUUAAAGAACAGCUCAGCCAAUUAGAAUCCACUCUUUUACAUCCAUCAACAUCUCCGACUCCGCCCAGCCACUCGCCACGGCCAAUCAGAAAGCCGAAACCUCUCUUGGAAAAGAGAAAAACAAUCGACAUUGGAGUUGCCGCUUCGGCGGCUAAAUUCGGAGCUGAUCCAGAUUUAGUGGCUCUGUUGAAAUCUCGAAAGCAAAGAUUCUCUCCUAGCGAUGAUGAGCGGGUGCAAAAUUUGGCGGAAGUAGCUACUGCUGCUGCUGCUGCUGCUGACGCUGAUGAUGAGAGCGAGAAAGUUCCGAUGUCUGAAAGGAUCAAAAAUAUGGAGAAACUCGUCGGCAACCAGUUUUUUAAUAAGUUGAAAGAUAAGGCCUGCGACGAACAAGAGAAGCAACAGCAAAAAGAACAAUUGUUGAAGCAAGCACAGCAACGACAACAGCAGUUGCAGUUGUUGAAGCAGCGACAGAAACAGCAACUGCAACAGUCGCAGCCAAAACCACAACAACCAUUACUUCAAAGUAAUGAUUUGUCACCCAAUCCUAUGACAUCAUCGUCGUCGUCGUCAUCAUUGCGUGCCCGUCAACAACAACAACCUCAACAACAACCAACUCAACAAUAUUUAAAACAACAACAUUAUUCGCAACAACUUCAACAGCAACAGUUUCAACAACAGCAACAAUUUCAACAACAACAUUUCAGACAGCCAAGAUCAAGAGAGAUUAGUGAAAAUUUCGAUUAUCAACAACAACAACAACCACAACUACUACUACAACAACAACCGCAAUUUCAACGUUUCCCGCUGCAAAUAUUCCCACAACAACAAUUUUCACCUCCAACGACAUCAACAGCAAUAACCUCAACGCCAUAUUUCAACUUUGCCUUGAGCGAGUCCAACAAAACCUGCAGUGGAAAUGAAUUUCGCCAACAACAACAAUUGCAUCAACAGCAACAACAGCAACAAUUACAUCAACAACAACAACAGCAACAAUUACGUCAACAACAACAACAGCAACAAUUACAUCAACUGCAACAACAACAACAAUUAUAUUCCUCUAAACUUCCGCCACAGAACAUAACGCUCAGAAAACAACAAUCAUCAUCACAGACCAACAUCACUACAACCACACAACGUAACAAAAUUGUGACAACAUUAACGACAUCGCAUCAACAACAACAACAACAAAAAAGAAGUUUAUAUAGAAGGCUGGAUAGCGACGAUGAAUUCGAUAAACUCGUCGAGAUAAACUACCAACAGAUUCUUGCGGCCAAACAAAAUGAAAGUGUUGAAGAAACUUUACAGCAACCACAACUACCACUACUGCCACAACUACCACUAUUACCACAACCACAACUUCAACAACAACAACAACAAUUUUCUCAACAACAACAACAAUUUCCUCAAACACAUCAACAAUUUCUUCAAACACAACAACAAUUUAUUCAACAACAACAGCCAUAUUGUCAACCACAUCAAUUUCAACAACAGCAACCACAAUUACCAUGCUAUCAGCAGCAGCAACAACAACAACAAUUAACAUAUUAUCAAAAACAACCGCAACUACCACUACCACAACAGCCACAAUCACAAGAAACAAACGCUGAAUCAGACGCCGAAUUAGUAGGCGGAGCAUCUGUAAUCGACAAAAUAAGCAAAUGGGAUGCAGUCAUCGAACAAAAGCUCUUGAAGCAACUAUUGAUACCACAACCGCAUCAAACAACAACAACAACAACAUCAACAACGACAAUGACAUCAACAACUGCAGCACGUAAAGGGAGUGUUGAAGGUUACGGAACUGGAGAUGAACUGACUAAAUUAAGUCUCACAGAGAAAUUGAAACUUUUCUCUCCGGAAAUGAUGCAAGCAGAAAAGCAAGCCUCGGCAUCAGCUUCCGGGUUGGAAGGAGGAAGAAGAAGAGAUGCUCGCCGUGGUGGCAAUCGUUAUCAGACGCAGCCCGUAACAUGGGGCGAGCUUCAGAACGCUCAGGAUUACGUCAGAGAACCGUCAGCCAAUCAGCGUGAAGCUCAUCGUCUGACGUCAUAUUAUUAUAAUGAGGAUGAAGGCGAGGAGGACGACGAUGGCGGUGGAUUAACUUUAAGAAACAUAGAGUCAGACGAAGCGAUAUUUGAAGAAAGACGUAGAGAUAGAUUAUGA